UCUGAAAAGUGGGCAAGACUUGAGAGAGAGAGAGAGAGAGAGAGAGAGAGAGAGAGAGAGAGAGGGAGAGGGAGAGGGAGAGAGAGAAGGUUCUGUUGUUGUUGUUGUUUGAUGAGAGGGGGGUGAUGAUGGAGAGGUAGUGAGAAUGAAGAAGAGUAACCUGGUUAACCCUUCACUCUUGUCAUCUUGAGAUUUUAUAUCUCUUGUUUUCCAUUCCUCUUUUCUCCGGGGUGAAAGUGGAUGUUGGAUGGAGGGAUGAGGAACUGGAUGAAGGGAAGUGAGGAAGAGAAGAGAGACUGAGGAGACAAUGGCGUACACACAGUUGGAACCCAUCAACAAGGGUGUGCUGGCCAGGCUAACUGACUGUCUAUUGUGUCGGUGGUCGUGUCGCUCAUGUCUGUUGUGGUGUUGGGAGUGCUGCUUUCCGCCCAGUGAUGAGGAGGUGGAGAUACUGGGACCCUUCCCUGCUCAGACCCCCUCCUGGCUAGUGAACGAGUGUGUGGAUGAGAAGGACACUGAUACCGGGGUCACUCAUGUUGACUCCAUGGCAAUACCUCAGGACAGUAUUCGGACCCGGAGACGUUCCAGCUCAGAGAUGUCCCGAUCCACCUUCAGCCUGGUCCGACAACUCUCCAGUCUAGACGCCCGCAGGCCCAGCUCUCCGCUGGUUGAUGUGAAACCCAUUGAGUUCUGGGCCAUGGGCCCCAGGAAGGAGGUGAUCCAGCCGCUGCGUCGACCCCAGCCCCCUCCGGACGACUACUUCAGGAAGUUGGAGCCACGCCUCUACUCUCUGGACUCAUCCGGAGACGACGUGGACUCGCUAACGGACGAGGAGAUUCUGCUACGAUAUCAACUGGGCAUGCUCCACUUCAGCACACAGUAUGAUCUAAUCAACGGCCACCUGGGCGUUAGGGUCAUUGAGGCUCGCGACCUGCCCCCACCUCUGACCUGUGAUGGAGCCCGCCAGGACAUGGCCCACUCCAACCCAUACGUCAAGAUCAGCCUGCUGCCGGACCACAAGAACUCCCGGCAGACGGGGGUGAAGAGGAAGACACAGAACCCGGUGUUCGAGGAGCGGUUCACCUUUGACCUUCUGUUCCUGGAGGCCCAGCGCCGCACCCUGCUGCUGUCUGUGGUCGACUUCGACAAGUUCUCACGACACUGUGUCAUCGGCAAGGUGGCUCUGCCUCUGAGUGAGGUUGAUCUGGUGAAAGGUGGUCAUUGGUGGAAGGCCCUGGUACCUAGUUCUCAGAAUGAGGUAGAGCUGGGAGAGCUGCUGUUAUCACUCAACUACCUGCCCUCUGCUGGAAGACUCAACGUUGACAUCAUCAGAGCGAAGCAGCUGCUGCAGACAGACAUGUGCCAGGGAUCAGACCCGUUUGUGAAGGUUCAGCUGGUAACAGGGCUGAAGCUGGUAAAGACCAAGAAGACUUCCUGUAUGAAAGGAACCAUCGACCCCUUCUACAAUGAGUCGUUCAGCUUCAGAGUGCCCCACGAAGACCUCAGUGAAGUCAGCCUCGUAUUUACAGUGUACGGCCACAACAUGAAGAGCAGUAAUGAUUUUGUGGGGAGGAUCGUGAUUGGCCAGUUCUCCACGGGUCCCCCUGAGACCUCCCACUGGCGCCACCUGUUGGCCAGUCAGAGAACUCCGGUUGAGCAGUGGCACAGCCUGCGCUCACGGGCAGAGUGUGACCGCGUCUCCCCCGCCUCGCUGGAGGUCACAUGAUAGAGCUGGAGAGGGAUCAGGAGUUACAGGUUAAGGGUCAGAGGUCAGGAGGAGAGGUAUAAGCUCAAAGGGUUGAGGUACACAGUAGGAAAGAGGAAGAUGAAAGGGGGUCAGGAGUUAGAGGUCGGGGGUUUGAUGUCAGGGAGGUGAGAAAAGGGGGUUAGAGGAGAGAGAAGGAGAGAGAGAGAGAGAGAGAGA